AUAUGGGAACUCGUUCGACGUUGGUCGGGAAGGAAGUCCCUAUCAUCGGAAGCGACUCCGUUCGCUGGAUCGAACUCUCCGUUCCUUCUUCCUCCAACAUUGCCGUCGACGGUGGCGCCUCCCCUCUCGCACCCCUAACCACCGACGACCGCGCCUCUUGCUUUGUCAUCGGAGAUCCUCCUGUUUAUCUUAUUUGGAGAAUUCACAAGGCACAGCCUCAAGCUCUCGAGUUGCUCGAGCUUUCUGCUUCCAAAGAAUUUCCUCGUGUGGGACUCAGAUUCACUUUCCCCGAUGCGCUCUGUCCCUUCGCUUUUCUCUGCAAAAACAAGAUUACAGCCGGCACUUCUAGAUUCCCUUACUUGCUUUAUGUGUUGACUGUGUCUGGCGUGGCUUACCUCUUGAAAAUUCGAAAUGUUUCUGCAUAUGCGUCCAGCUCCAUUUUCCAAGUGGAUGAGCUUUUAGAGCUCAAUGUUGGAGAUUAUAUUUCCAAUCAUGUAACAAUAACUGCCGUAACAGCAACCGCUGGGGGUCUUGUUAUUGGCACAAGUGAUGGUUCAGUUAGCUGUUUCCAGCUUGGUGUACUCGACCCUAGUGCUCCUGGUUUUGUGCAUGAACUAAGAGAUGAAGCUGGAAUCAGCCGUUUGUGGGGUUUAAUAUCACGGGGUAGAAUGGUGGGUACUGUACAAGACUUGGUAGUUUCCGAGUUGCACGAGAAAAAGUUUGUUUUUGUGCUUCAUUUGGAUGGGACAUUACGAAUUUGGGAUCUUGCAUCUCGUAGCAGGGUCUUUAGUCAUAACUUGGGCAUUGUGAUAAUGGAAGGUGCUACCUUUGUAAGGUUAUGGGUGGGUCAAUCUCACCCCGAUUCGAGUAUAAUUCCUUUGGCAAUCUUGUACAGACAUACAUCGGAUGAAAACUUGGAGAUGAUCUCUUUACAUAGUAUCCUAUAUAAUUUUGGGGACAGAAUUGUUUUCUCUAUGGAGCCUUCAGUACAAAAUAUUCCCUUGGAGGAGGGACGAUGCCUUGAUGUUAAAUUAACGUUGGAUAAGAUAUGGAUAUUGAAGGAUGAUGAAUUAAUAUCACAAAUGUUCUCUACAAAUAUGGAUGGGGUAGAAGCAUUUUCUUAUGCUCUACAGGAAGAAUUUGUUGCUGAUCAGCUAUUUCAAAAUUCAGAACAUCUUGUUGAUGAAAUUUUGCGGAUCACGCAUUCAAUAUUUUCAUCUUCAAAGGAUGAUAUUUUGCCUUUUGUAUCUUCUAUUUUCCUAAGAAGGCUGCUUCUUCCUGGGGUACAUCAUAAUGCUGCUUUGUAUGCAACUCUAGUCGAGUAUAGCAGGCAUUUGGUUGAAUCUGAGUUAGACACGUUAACUGCUGAUGGACUACAAAAGGAGAUACUUUCACUUAUAGAGCAUGAGGUUGGCUCUGAAAAAAUGUCCAUAUUGCAUUGCUGGAAAUGUUUCUUCACCCGCUACUUCCAUAAUUGGCGCAAGAACAAUGCAUUAUAUGGUUUGCUUGUUGAUUCCUCUACUGAUGCUGUCGGUAUAAUUAGAAAAAGCUCAGUUUCGCUUAUCCGGUCUUUGGAAGAUAUUGAGCGGAUUGUAGAGGGCUUUCCGGAUGAACUUAGUGAGCUCGCAGGCCUUGUACAUUUAAUUGAUGAUGAUCUUGAAUGUGAAAUUCUGCUCGAGUUGCUCAGAUGUGUUAUAAGUUUUAGCCAACAGUUGGGAAAAACUGCUUCUUCUAUAUUUUAUGAAUCACUUUUAACUGCACCGGUGAUCUCUUCUGAAGAUAUUAUUCGUUGUAUAGUGAAGAUUCUGGAAACUGGAUAUUGUAUAUCAGGUCCAGUGCUCCAAACCUCUACUUCUGGGGAUAGUAUAGUUGUUCUGGAAAAGGAGCUGGCAGAUCAUAAAAGUUUGAGGAAACUUUCUGUUGACAUGUUCUUGUCUCUUCAAGGCUUGUAUAAAAAGGCUUCUGCAUGGGACAGGAUUUUAAAUGUAAUCGAGGGUUUCUUGAAAUUUUUUGUUCCCCAGAGAAUAAUUCAUAAUUUUGAUACUGAGAUGUCAUCAAACAUUAAUUCCUUCAUUAUAGUACAUACUACUUAUCAGAUUGCAAAGGUGAUGUUUGAAUCUGCCUGGGACUUUCUUCUAUUUUUAAGCUAUCUGGUGGACAUCGGUGGUCAGGUAAAUUUGUCACAUGAUGAUAUAACCAAAAUAAAAUUUGAGUUAGUUCCAAUGCUUCAAGAAAUUAUUUUUGAAUGGCUAAUCAUCAUCUUCUUUGCCAUCACACCAUGUGCACCAGCUGUAACUGAGGACUUCAAUUCUAAACUUUCAUCAUUACAAAUAGAUAACAACAUGGGGAAACGAUUAUGGAAUGAGAAGCUUGGCAGAUGUGACUUCACAUUGGCUUUUAUAUUCUUGCUAAAUGUUGGAAGUUCAUCUAUAGACCUUAGCCAGUUUUCUUCAGAUCGUGUUUCAAAUAUGCAGAGUUCUAUAAAUAGGACGAGAGACUUCAUCAGUUGGAUCAUAUGGGGCAAGGCUGGAGGAUCUUCUACUAUCUUGAGCCGUUCAAUUGAUCUUGCUUUUAUCCUUUUCAAGCAUGGCCAGUAUGGUGCUGCUGAGCAAUUGCUUAUGAUGGUGGAAACACAUUUGCUAAAGGAAAAGACGUCCCAAAGUAUUCAGGAUGCUGAUGGUGGAUGGUGCAUCCGUCAUCAUCUUCUUGGAUGUUGCCUACUUGCGCAGGUGCAGUGCGGAUUGCAUGCAACACAGAAGGAUAAAAAAGUUUCUGAUGCCAUUCGCUGUUUCUUUAGGUCUUCAUCUGGAAAUGGUGCAUCUGAGGCUCUGCAGAGUUUAUCUGAUGACGUCGGAAUUCCAUAUCUUGGUUUUAGUGGUUGUGAAUCAACUGCUGCAUGGAGGCUUCAAUAUUAUCAAUGGGCAAUGCAGUUAUUUGAACGAUAUAACAUUAGUGAAGGUGCUUGCCAGUUUGCUCUUGCUGCACUUGAGCAAGUUGAUGAAGCUCUACGAAUGAAAGAUGAAAAGUCCAUAAACAACUCAGUUAAUGAAUCAGUGACUGCCAUCAAGGGACGACUAUGGGCAAAUGUUUUCAUAUUUGCAUUAGACCUAGGUCGAUAUUAUGAUGCAUAUUGUGCAAUAAUAUCAAAUCCGGAUGAGGAGAGCAAAUACAUCUGUUUGAGGCGUUUCAUAAUUGUUCUUUAUGAACAAGGUGCUAUAAAGAUUCUGUGCAGUAAUAAACUUCCCCUUAUUGGUUUAGUGGAAAAAGUAGAGCAAGAGCUUGCUUGGAAGGCUGAACGAUCAGAUAUUUCUGCAAAGCCAAACUUGUAUAAGUUACUCUAUGCAUUUGAAAUGCAUCAGCAUAAUUGGCAACGAGCAGCGAACUACAUAUACCUGUAUUCAGCUCGUUUGAGAACUGAAGCAGCUUUGAAAGAUAACCAAGGCAGUUCCUUGAUGUUGCAAGAGAGGCUGAAUUCACUCUCUGCUGCAGUCAAUGCACUGCAUCUUGUUCAUCCUGCAUAUGCCUGGAUUGAUCCACUGGCUGAGGGAAAUUCUCUUAUGAGUGAACAUUAUCCGAGUAAGAAAGCUAAAAGAACACCAGAUGAACAUACUGAUAAUGAUGCUGAGCCUAAAAGCUGGCAGUCAUCUAUUGAUAUCGAGAAACUUGAGAACGAGUUUGUCCUAACUUCAGCUGAGUAUAUGCUGUCACUGGUAAAUGUCAAGUGGACAUUUUCUGGAAAACAUGGAGCCCUGUCAGAUUUGGCUGAUCUUCUUGUCCAAAACAAUUUAUAUGAUAUGGCCUUUACAAUCCUUCUCAGAUUUUUCAAGGGUUCUGAACUGAAGAGGGAACUGGAAAGGGUUUUUUCUGCUAUGUCAUUGAAAUGCUGUCUUGAUAAAGUAGAAUCCACUUGGGUUGAGGAACAUGGUCAUUUGUUGACGUCAUCAAAGCUUGAGAUGGUUAUCCAUGGUUCACCUGUUACAGUUCCUACUACUCCACAAACUGACAGAAAUAGUCGUUGGGCAACUCUCAAGUUUUCCCUUGAAACAUAUAAGGAAUUUCAUGGUAGAUUACCAGUUAUUGUUGCUGAGAGUCUUCUGCAUGCAGAUCCUAAGAUUGAAUUGCCCCUUUGGCUCGUUCAAUUGUUCAAGGUAAUUUUGUAG